AUGUCUUAUUAUUUAGAUCAAUCUUAUGACUCACUUUUUAAUGAGUCUGAGAGUGAUCUAAAUGAUAUAGAUAUUUCUGAACUCGAAUCUGAAUAUUCUGGCGAUGAAACCUUUUUUGACGAUCCAGAAAAUUUCACCACCGAGGAGAAGGAAAGUUACGCCAUUGACGAGCCCGACAGUUACGCCGUUGACAAGCCCGACAGUUACGCCGUUGACGAGCCCGACAGUUACGCCGUUGACGAGCCCGACAGUUACGCCGUUGACGAGCCCGACAGUUACGCCGUUGACGAGCCCGACAGUUACGCCGUUGACGAGCCCGACAGUUACGCCGUUGACGAGCCCGACAGUUACGCCGUUGACGAGCCCGACAGUUACGCCGUUGACGAGCCCGACAGUUACGCCGUUGACGAGCCCGACAGUUACGCCGUUGACGAGCCCGACAGUUACGCCGUUGACGAGCCCGACAGUUACGCCGUUGACGAGCCCGACAGUUACGCCGUUGACGAGCCCGACAGUUACGCCGUUGACGAGCCCGACAGUUACGCCGUUGACGAGCCCGACAGUUACGCCGUUGACGAGCCCGACAGUUACGCCGUUGACGAGCCCGACAGUUACGCCGUUGACGAGCCCGACAGUUACGCCGUUGACGAGCCCGACAGUUACGCCGUUGACGAGCCCGACAGUUACGCCGCUGACGAGCCCGACAGUUACGCCGCUGACGAGCCCGACAGUUACGCCGCUGACGAGCCCGACAGUUACGCUGUUGAUGAUGAAGAGACUUUUGUUGUUGAUGAGCCAGUAACUUUUGGUACACCAGUAACGUUUGUCGAGCAGGUAACCUUCACCAAGCCGGUGACUUUUUCUGCUGCAGUUACUUUUAAAGCACCAGUAACUUUUGCCGCACCGGUGGUACCUGCUCGACCCGGAACACCACCGACCGCACGCCCACGUGCACCACCGACCGCACGCCCACGUGCACCACCGACCGCACGCCCACGUGCACCACCGACCGCACGCCCACGUGCACCACCGACUGCACGCCCACGUGCACCACCGACUGCACGCCCACGUGCACCACCAACCGCACCACGCAUUCCUAAUUCCAAUGACGCGCCUAAUCCUGAUGAUGAAACAACCUCUCUCUGA